AUGGCCUUCGCAACAGUCCUCACCUUGACCCUCGUGCCCGUCCUCGUCUUCGUACUAUGGCACCUCACCUCGACGAGCCUCCCACCCGUUCCCACCCACCUGCGCAACAAGCGCAUCAUCCUGCUGAUCGCCCACCCGGACGAUGAGUCGAUGUUCUUCUCCCCGACCCUUCAAGCUCUCACGCACCCCUCCCUGCAAAACCACCUGAAGAUCCUGUGCAUGAGCACCGGCGACAGCGAAGGACUAGGCGCAACUCGGCGUACCGAGCUCGAGAAAGCGGCCGUAACACUAGGCAUUCGACGGAAAGAAGACGUAUUCGUGCUAGACGACGAGCGGUUCAGAGACGGCAUGACGCAAGACUGGAAGCCCGAUGACAUUUCCCGCGUCCUAGCCAGCGCCUUUGCGCCGCACAUCAACGGCUCGUCCACCACUUCCACGGCGCCCCUCAGCAAGCCCUCCCUGGACUCCAGCUCGGAUAAAGAAAAAGAAAAAGACAAGGACAAGAAGAAGCCCGCCAAAGCGUCAGCACCCUCGAAACACACAAAAUCCGUUUCUCGCGCCCUCGGCCCCACGUCCCCGCCGGCGCCCAAAGAGCCCGACGGCCCGCGAGCCACCAUCGACGUGCUCAUAACGUUCGACCCGCACGGCAUCUCGUCCCACCCGAACCACAAGGCCCUCUACCACGGCGCCGUGCUCUUCAUCCAGAAAAUCAUGCGCGGCCACAGCGGCUACGCGUGCCCCGUAUCCCUGUACGUGCUGCCCUCGGUCAACAUUCUGCGGAAAUACUCGUUCAUCCUGGACGCGGUGCCCACGCUCCUGAGCGGCAUCUACGCGUCCACUUUCGGCAAGUUGCUCAGUGGCGGCGGCAGCAGUAGGGAUGAGAGGGUCGUCUUUGUCAACGACGUCGUGCGGUACUGGAAGGCCCGCGAGGCCAUGGUCAGCGGGCACAAAAGCCAGAUGGUGUGGUUCCGGUGGGGCUGGAUCGGGCUGGGACGGUAUAUGGUUGUGAAUGAUUUGAGGAGGGAGAGGGUCAUCGCGACCUGA